AGGAUUGGUGGAGCGUAGGCCAGCCCAAGCUCCUGGUGCACCGCAGAGAUGGCGACUGCAAUUCGGCUGCUGGGGCGGCGAGUUUCCAGCUGGAGACUGCGGCCAUCACCGUCGCCCCUCGCUGUCCCGCAGCGGACCCACUCCAUGUUGCCUGUGGACGAUGAUAUCAACCGGCUAAACGAGGAGCAGAAGCAGCUUCGUCAUACUGUAUCUAAGUUCCUUCAAGAGAACCUGGCCCCCAAGGCCCAAGAGAUUGAUCAGAGCAACGACUUCAAGAACCUGAGAGAGUUCUGGAAACAGCUGGGGAACCUGGGAGUACUGGGCAUCACAGCCCCUGUUCAGUAUGGUGGCGCUGGCCUGGGCUACCUAGAACAUGUGUUGGUGAUGGAAGAGAUAUCCCGGGUUUCAGCAGCAGUGGGGCUCAGCUACGGUGCUCACUCCAACCUCUGCGUGAACCAGAUUGUUCGCAAUGGGAAUGAGGCCCAGAAAGAAAAGUAUCUUCCCAAGCUCAUCAGUGGCGAGUUCAUCGGAGCCCUGGCCAUGAGUGAGCCCAAUGCUGGCUCUGAUGUUGUCUCCAUGAGGCUAAAAGCAGAAAAGAAAGGAGAUCACUACCUUCUGAACGGCAACAAGUUCUGGAUCACCAAUGGCCCUGAUGCUGAUAUCCUAGUUGUCUAUGCCAAGACAGAUUGGACCGCUGUGCCAGCUUCUCGGGGCAUCACAGCAUUCAUUGUGGAGAAGGGUAUGCCUGGGUUUAGUACCUCGGAGAAGCUUGACAAGCUGGGCAUGAGGGGCUCCAACACCUGUGAGCUUGUCUUUGAAGACUGCAAGGUUCCUGCUGCUAACAUCCUGAGCCAAGAGAGUAAGGGUGUCUACGUACUGAUGAGCGGGCUGGACCUAGAGCGCCUGGUGCUGGCAGGUGGGCCCCUUGGGAUCAUGCAGGCUGUCCUGGACCACACCAUUCCCUAUUUGCAUGUGAGGGAAGCCUUUGGCCAGAAGAUCGGCCAAUUCCAGCUGAUGCAGGGAAAGAUGGCCGACAUGUACACCCGUCUCAUGGCAUGUCGACAGUAUGUCUACAAUGUUGCCAAAGCCUGUGAUGAGGGUCACAUCACUGCCAAGGACUGUGCCGGGGUGAUUCUGUAUGCAGCGGAGUGUGCCACACAGGUAGCCCUGGACGGCAUUCAGUGUCUAGGUGGAAAUGGCUACAUCAACGACUUCCCCAUGGGCCGCUUUCUUCGAGAUGCCAAACUGUAUGAGAUCGGAGCUGGGACCAGUGAGGUGAGGCGGUUGGUCAUCGGCAGAGCUUUCAAUGCAGAUUUCCGCUAGCCCCGCAGCCCGUCGUCCCGGUCCAGCACCGAGAGGCCUUUCUUUGGAAGCAGAGACGUGGCAGCCCUCUGACCUGUCUAAGCUCAGCUGCUCAGCUGCUCUUCUCAUGCCAGCCCUUUGCCCUGCGUGAAGUCGGAUUCUCCAGCCAUGGCAGGCAAUCUGUCAGGAAAGCCUAAAAUGACUGCUAAAAGAACUUUGGCUUUUCUGGGGUUUGGGGGGAGAGCGACAGUGUCUGCGCCAUUGCUUUCUACUUCUGAGGGUGAUAACCUCACCCUCUGGGGUAGCAUAUGACAGGUACCCUCAGGCAGGGAGUCCUUUCUGUUCAAGUGUAACAGAGCCAUUGCCUCUGUCAAUUGCCAGGUGCUUGUGGUCUCUUUUUCUUGAGAAAAAGGCAAAAACCUUAUUCUUCUUAGCUGUUUCCCCAAGAGCUAGGCAGCUCCACAGUGCCUGUGUGGCAAACCCACGAAGGGCAGAGUCCACAGUCUAGGCAAGACAGCACAGAAGAUUGGCUCCCUGGUGUACCUGAGUCUGUCUGCGUCACUCUGUCACAGGCUAGCACUGGGCCUGCUCAUGUGACCUCCUGCAGCUGACUGGGCAGCAGGCACAGGCCCUGUGGCCCAGCCUGGGUUGCCUGGCUCAAUUCCAGCCUUGCUGCCUCUGUAUAUUUCUCUAGACACCCCGUGGCUAAUUGUGUUACGAAGGCACAGCGUCUGCCACCAUUUUGUAUUAAACAUACCGCAAAGUAAACCCUUCAGUGCCCAAAGCAGUAUUCGGGAGGGGAAGCAAGCCAUUUUGCUGGGGCCCUGUCUGCAUCCUGAGAAUGUCCUUGAAGAGCCCUGCCCUUCAGCCUGCCCUUUGGGAAUGGGACCGGAGGCCAGAAGAGGAAGUCUCUUCUGGUGAUUUUUCUUUUUCUUGUGUGUGAAACCAUACCUGGGCUGUGUUAGGCAGGCACUGUACCACUGAGCCAGCUCCUUACCCCUACCAACUUCUCCAUGGUUUUACUUUAGUCUCCCUGAGGCUGAGACUAGCUUGGAACUAAGACCCUGAACAAUAGAUCUGCCCCUAUCUCUUGAGUGCUGGGAUUGCAGGCAUGAGCCACAUGCAACACCCUGUGCUUUUUCUUAAAGGAAAGUGUAGAGAGGGAGAGGGGUGUCAAGUGUGGGAAGACAGAAAGAGAGUCUUAAGUUUCUGGAGCCUGGCUCUGAGAGUUUUGGGGGUUUUUGUUUUUGAUUCAGAGUCUAACCUGUAACUCAGAAUCCUCCUGCCUCUGCCUCCUGCCUGCCAAAAUUAUAUACAUGAACCACCA